AUGAAGGUUGAUAUUAUGAAAGCCUAUGAUAAUGUUAGGUGGGAGUUUGUGAUUGAUACCCUAAGAGCUAUGGGGUUUCCUCCUAUUUUUAUGAAGUGGAUUUUUGCCUGUAUGACCAGCCCCUCUUUCUCUAUUUGCAUUAAUGGUAGCCUUCAUGGCUAUUUUAAGGCUGAUAGAGGUCUUAGACAAGGGGAUCCAAGGUCCCCUUACCUUUUUGUCCUUGUUAUGGAAGUUCUAUCUAGGAUUUUGCAAGAAAAAUCUACUCUUCCUAACUUUAAGUUUCAUUGGAGGUGCGAAAAGGCUAAAAUUGUUAACCUUUGUUUUGCUGAUGACCUUAUGAUCUCUUGUAAAGGGGAUGUUUAUUCUGUAAAUACUAUUAAAGAGGGGUUAGAGGAGCUCAAGGUGUUGUCUGGUUUAUCUCCCAGCCCUAGUAAGAGUCACAUAUUUUUCUCGAGCUGUGAGAAAAAGCUGAGGGAUGAGAUUACUGAGUUAUCCAAUUCCCUGAGGGUUUUCUCCCUGUUAGAUAUCUUGGGGGCUAUCAAAUCCAAACUCAAUGUAUCAUGGCCUAAUCUCCCUUGGGGUGUUCUGGUGAAUCAUACUGCUAAAUCUGUGAAAGGUAAGGUUGCUUUCACUUGGGCUCAGUCAUUGCCAAGAUAUAGAGUCAUGGCCAUAUCACAUCAGCUUAAGGAACAUGCUAGUGAUGCUUGGAAAAUGGCAAAGGGAAGUCAAAGAGCUGGUACUACUUGUAAGGGAAUUACUGUUUGUGGGUUGAGUGUCGAGAGAAAUAUUGAAAUGCUCUUGGGGAAAAGUUUUGAGGCUGCUAAAUUGGAACACAUGUUGGAUGACGUUAUGGAUGCCAGGCUGCAAAGUUGCGCCAACUCUUGUGAUGUCUCUCAAAGAAGGAAAUUUGUGUCUUUAAAUUCUGCAGUUCUAGCUCCCUAUUUAUUCGUAGAUAUGGAUGUUGAAUAG